AUGAAACCGGAAGAAGAUAAAUCUCGCAUCACCGGUCUAAAAUAUAUUAAAAAAGGUCCGUGCAUAGUUUUGGUGGUUUGUGCAUAGUUUUGGUGGUUUAUACAUUGUUUUAACAACAACAAUAAUCAACCAUAUUGUUGUUUUACUUAUGUUGUACUGUAUUCAUAUAAAGUUAGAUAAACGACUAGCAAACAAAUUAACCUAGCAAAACAUGUCUGCGUCAGUCGGCGGGACGUCCCGACACUUGUGUCAUGGAGCUAAGGAUGGUUUUGUUAAAGUGAGAAAAAGAGACUUAGAAAAGUUAACUACAGAGGUCAUGCAGCUGAGGGAGUUCCUGCCCAGAGUUGUGAAUGGGAAGAUGAUUGACAUACUUCACAAAACUCAAGCACAAAAAACAGUGAAAGAGCAUCUUACACAGGAACCGGAACUUCUGCGUCAGGAGUGUCUUCAUCUUCAGUCCAGACUGGAUGCGGUACAAACUGAAUGUCAAAAGGAGAGACAGGAGAAAUGUCUGUUGCAUGAUCAGCUGUGGCAGAGCCAAGCCGAGGUGCAGCAGCAGGCCGACUUCUGCUCCAGUCUGGGUUCUGUAGCCUGCAGUCUGCUGUGGAACUGCUCUACAAGGGAGGACACAGUUAGACUGUGGCUGACUGAAGGAAACCUGCAGGCCUUUCUGUCGGUAGCGACUCAGACUCUGGAGAGCUUUGUUAGGACUCUGGAUGAAGCAGCAAAGAGUUCACCUGAAGACCACAACACCCAGUUUGUUUUGGCGCUAGCUGGAACAAUUACUAAUAUUGCGGCUGUAACCUGUGGACGGGAAUUCCUUCUCGCACAUGAUCUGUUGAACACCCUGAUAAAACUGUUAGAACUGAUGAAGCCCAAUGUCUUCCCAAAACUGAAAGUGUUGGUUCUAAUGGCUCUUUAUAAUGCCAGUAUCAGUGUGACUGGGCUGAAGUGCAUGAGUAACAACCCAGGACUGCUGCCUCUUAUUCGGACUCUUCUUGAAGACAGAUCCUGGGAGGUGUGCCUCCACUCCCUGCGUCUCUUACAGUCGCUGCUGAUGGAAGAUGGAGUGCACAACCGUCUGGCCGCCGCUGUAAUUGAGUCAGACUUUCAGGCCCGUGUUACCCGACUUACCUGCAGUGUCGAGCCGAGUCUGAGACUGAUAGCGCAACAGACCUUGAACGACAUCCAGGUACUCAAACAGGUAUCUAUGAUGGUAAUACAUUCCAAAAUAUCUUAACACCGUACAUUAUUGAAUAAUGAUUUGGUUCAAAGAUAGUUUGAUUGCAAUUUAGGUGUUUAAAACACAAUAACCAGAGCCCCAAAAACCAUCAGACCACAAUUCAAAUAUAUAUUUUUUAUUAAUUCAACCUCACCGCAAAUCACACACGUUGAAUGGCAUACAACUUUGUGUGCUUUCAGGGUCGAGGAUGUAAACAGAACAACCUGUGACAUGCCUCAGUAGUUUUCAAUCCUUUGAAAUGUGUUAAUUGUUCUGGUGUACUUAUACAUACCUGAGCAGUUAGAUGUUUAACUAUUUAUGUUUAGUCAUAAAUGCUGUUUCUGUUUAAAGAACGAGAACUGUUUGACUUAUGUGUCAGUUUUAUGAAAAUAAUUGUAUUAAAAGUUCUGUACAAAGAGCAUUUGCCCACUUUCAAUAUGUUUCAAUAAA